CGAUCGCGUCACUUCUCGCCUUGAAGUCGUGGGGAACGCGCGCAUAUCCUGCUCGCUUGUAGCACGAGCAAAGUUCCGGUCACCGAUCGCUUACCGUUGCAGCUAUUCCGUUCCAUCCGUAUCAACGAAAGAUGCAAGCCAUCAAGGCAGGUAGUCCGUUGCCGGAGGACAUGUCGUUGGCGGUGGACAGCAAGCUGAUCGUGGGCAUACCUCGCGUGGCCACCACCACCAAGGACAAUGCGCCCGUCCACAUCGACGUCGGUGGCACCAUCUAUACUUCGUGUCUGGAAACUUUGACUUCAUUCCCGGAGUCCAGACUGAGCAAGAUGUUUAACGGCACGAUUCCAAUAGUCCUGGACACGCUGAAGCAGCACUACUUCAUCGACCGUGAUGGUGGCAUGUUCCGCCACAUCCUCAACUACAUGCGCUACAGGAAGCUGCUGCUGCCAUCCGACUUCCAAUACUUGGACCUUCUGAUACAUGAGGCGCAGUUCUUCGAGCUUGACAAUAUGGUGUAUGCUCUGACGAAGGUGAAGGUAGAAAGGGAAGGAAUGAAGCAGGAUAGGGAGUGGCUGAGCGAGGCUACUGAGCGCCUGAAGAAGGAAACUGAGAUACUGAUGCACGAACGUGGCCGUCUGCAGCAGCGCUGGUCUUAAACAGAGCUAG